AUGGCAAACGGAGAGCCUGUUCUGUGGAGCCUCUACGUCUACGCCCCCAACAAGGGCGCGCCGAUAUUCUUCACCAUCGCCUAUGCCAUCUCUGCAGCGGCGCAUAUCUGGCAGUGCUGUCGAUACAAAUCAUGGCGGCUGCUCGGCCUCCACCCCCUCUGCGGCGUCCUCUUCACCCUCGGGUAUGCGUUUCGCGAGUACGGAGCGUACAACUAUCUAUACGACGAAGAGGACAAGUUGGUCUUGAUUAUGUUUGUAUUGAGUCAGGUGUUCAUCUACAUUUGCCCCCCCCUCCUCGAACUCGCCACCUACCACGUCCUCGGCCGCAUCUUCUACUACGUCCCCCAUCUCGCCCCUCUCCCUCCACACCGCGUCUUGUCGACAUUCGGUGCAUUGAUGGCGCUCGUCGAGAUACUGAACGCCCUCGGCGUCUCGCUCUCGUCGAAUCCGUCUUCUUCACAGAGCCAGCAAGGUCUAGGGAGCCGUUUGACGAUCGCUGCGCUGGCGAUGCAGCUAGGCGUUAUACUUACCUUCGUGAUACUCGCGGGGAUAUUCCACCGUCGAUGCAGCAAAACCAAAUUACGGACCACGGCCGUUGCGGUACCUCUUCGAACACUCUACGUCAGUAUGGCUCUUAUUCUCGUCCGGUGUAUAUACCGCCUCAUCGAACAUACGGGGUCUACGACAAUCGACAUCAAUAACAUGGACGUGCUACGAUCCCUAACCCCCGUUCUCCGCUACGAGUGGUUCUUCUAUGUCUUUGAGGCAUCUCUCAUGUUGCUGAACUCGGUGCUGUGGAAUAUUUGGCAUCCUGGACGGUAUCUGCCGCGGAGCUAUCGGGUGCAUAUUGCCAGGGAUGGGAGGGAGGUUGUGGCUGCGAAGAGGGCUGAUGAGAGGGUGAUGUGGCAGAAGGUGUGCAAAUGUGAUGGAAUCAACAUCGAUAUAAGGACCGCCCAUCUCGAGGGCAACAUCAAGGCCGGAAUUGGGGGGAUAUGGAUGGACGGGCCGGUAGCCCUUACGUUGAAGCACACAACCGUGCAUCGCCGGAAUUUGGUGUGGAAUAUGCUUGACUGCUGGAAAGACAUACGUGGAAAUGCUAAUGCCCAGAAUCAGGAGCCAGAAAGGGCUCCUGCGAGACAAUCAAUGCUUUCCAAACUGCGAGAAUACCUCCUAGCCAACGUACUAGCCAAGCUGGUCAAUGUGACGCUCUGGAGCGCUGUUAGAGCCAAGGCCGGGGAUAUUGAAGCUGCUGAUACCACCGCCCACAAUCCCAACGCCGCCAUUGACGCCGCCGUGACACGGCUGGAACUCACCAGUUCAGUCAUGGGAAAGUGA